AUGGGUAACCGAAGUUCUUCGCAUUAUCCGCCGCCGCCUCAUUGGAUGCAUCAGCGCACUUCCUAUUCGACCAGUGCCUCUCCUUAUCCAGAAGUCAAGCGUCCGAUUGCUCCGGGAGCUUUCGCCGAGCCCUACAUUGUGCCAAACACAAAUCCAAUGCGCAGAUCCAUGAUUUCUUUGAAUGCUGACUCCGGAUAUGUUGCAUCUCCCGCUGACACUGAUCGAAUGCGAAUGAGAGGCUCUCGAAUGUCACUGAAUCAAAUGGAUUUCGAUCCGAUGCCGCAUCACGUCAUGCCUCCGCCACCACGACUCAUAAUUCCGCCCGACGCGAAAACACUGAAGAAACUCGAAAAAAUGGAGAAGAAACACCAAAAGCUGAUGAAGAAGCUCGGAGCGCGCGGAAUUCCGAUGCCGCCGCCGCCGCCACUUUCGCAAAUGCAUCCAAUGUAUUCGAGAGCACUGUCUUUUGACGAUUUGAAUAGCAGAAUUCACGAGGCUGAGAUCGAUGCGGUACGAUUGCGGCCAAGGGAUUGGCGAGCCCAUGGAGAAGCUCGAGCAGCUCCGAGUAGGCGUGAAACAACCCAUUCUCAAUAUAUCAAACAAAAUUUCUCUUCAAAUUCGACAAGACGAGCUGAAAUUAGUGGAUCUCUAGCUUCUUCUUCUCCGAUGACAUCCUCUGAAGAAAGUGGACAUUCAUCUGACCCAUGGAAUAACUCGAGUGUUUCAAGUAGUAGGAAUCAGAAUCAAAGAGAAAUGAUGUCGCCUCCAAUGUACACAAGCACACCUCAUCAGCACAUGUCUCCACGACCAACCUCACAGGUAGUCCCAAUAUCAAAAACAAUUGAAGUUAAAGUGGAGCGAAGCGAGAAAAUUGAGCACACAACUCAGAAGCCGUCAAAUGACGGAAGAAAUUCUAGCGGACCAACUUAUGCGCAACCAAUAAUUCGUGGGCAACCAUCGUAUGGCUCACGGACAUCUUCUGUCGCCACUUCACAGAUGAGAGGCGAUCAAUCGGAAAUUGAUUUUUCGUGGGUUAACGAGGAAGAAGACAAGUUGAAGAAAGAACACAAAGGUGACGGCGGACCACAACGACUUCCGGAGUUUUAUUUCGGAAUGGAUCCUCCGACAGUUGAGGAAAAGGAAAAUGACGAAGAGAAGAGGCGUCGGCAACAAAGUGUUCUUGCAAAGACGGCCGCAUUCGAAGCAGAAGCUCGACAAAGAAAAGAGCCGGCAUUCAUUUCUCGAUCAACACAUCAUUUGACAGAGUUGCCGAAUCCUGAUUAUUCCCCUCUUCAAGUACAUACCCGCGAAAUCGGCGGUCCUGCAGAAAGAAGAAUAUAUCGCAUUCAGCGCCAAUCCGACAAUCAACGAAAUGACGAUCGCCGAUACCGAAGCAGUAUCGCAUUUUAA